CCCAAAAGAUGUCAGCGUCCUACUGUCCUUUUCCUUCUCGGAAAAAGCGAAACUGCUGGAAAACAAAAGGGUAGGCUAGUCUUUUACAUUCCAAAAUGACAUGUCCGAACAACGUGGCAGCUGGAUCGUUUCUAAUGGAUUCGUUGGUCGGGGGUUCAUCUCCAUACAGAGGCGAGGGAUACUCCGCCAACUCUGGGAUGUAUUUGCAAACGACUGCAGACUAUGGCUGUUCGAUGAUGCGAAAUUAUGGUAUUCUGAGCGCACCUCUAUCGAAACGGGAUGAGCUUCCGCCAACCAGUCUCUCCUUGAGCGCUUACAACCACUCGCAUUACCUGUCGCAGCGGGACGCCUGGGGAACGGGUGCAAAAACUUAUAGGAAUGGGCAACCUGUUGCCCAGUCUUUGCAUCCUUGUUCCUUCACUACAAGUAAUGUCAAAGAAGAAGAAAUUCCUUCUCUUUUUCAGGCUGGUACGGAUACAUCUAAAGACUCAAACGUAUCGUCUACGUAUAUACGACUGGGAGACAAUGCCAGGCAGGCGGAUCAAAGCACGGUCGUGGCGCACGACUAUUUCCGCGGAGGCCAAGUAUAUUCUACCCAGGGAGGGCAACAAGGCGGUGGGUUUGGAACAGAUUUUUCCUCUGUGCCCAGAAUAACAUCGCCUGUUGAGACCCCAUGUUCAGAUGAGCCUGUCAAAAGAAGCGAUUCCAAGCAGGGCACUGCUGAUGGUGAAAUGAAAGCUGAGGAGCAUGAUACCAACCAAGGGCAACCUAGCAAAGAGGAGAAUGGCCCGAAGACCGACAGCGGUACAGAUGAGUCAGAAAAUGAACUGAAAGAUGAGGAGCGAUUGGAGAAGACAACUGUGAAUUGGCUCAAGGCAAAAAGUGGACGGAAGAAGAGAUGCCCAUAUACAAAGUACCAGACACUCGAGCUUGAGAAGGAGUUCUUGUUCAACAUGUACUUGACUCGUGAGCGCCGCCUGGAGAUCAGCAAGAGUAUCAACCUUACUGAUAGACAGGUCAAGAUAUGGUUCCAAAAUCGGAGGAUGAAGCUGAAGAAGCUAAAUAGGGAAAGCAGAGUUCGUGAGCUAACAUGCUAUAAUUUCCAUUAAAUAGAUGUACCUGCGCCACACACACACACACACACACACUCUCUCUCUCUCUCUCUCUCUCUCUC